CCUAAUACGGAGUCCUAUUCCAACUACGAAACCCGUAUACUCCGUAUAAACAAAUCUGUCUUCUUUCUCGAUCAAUUCGCCGACGGACCAAACCAGAGAGGGAGACCGAAGCACAUCGCCGGAGGCUUUGCCGGAGUACGAGUGCUCGUUUCAAUCACCGUCCAUCUUCAUCUUCUUCUCAAUUGACGCGAGACAAGGGACGACAUCGACGCCAGCGAUUUAAGAUUUAUCUUCUCAAAGAAUUGAGCAUUCCAAUCUGCAUCACGACUCUUCUCCUCCUCCAUCGGCGACGAAACCAAUUGAGUUCGUCGAUCAAGCUGCCUGAGACGUCGCCGGGAAAGAGGACUUCGCCGGAGCUUCCGCCGGAAUCUAGGUGGGGAUUAUUGUGAUUUCUUCAUCAAUUCCAUUAAGGUAGAGAUCAAGGAUUGGAUGAGGAGUAGCGUGAAGAACAGUGAGGCGUGACGCUGGAGGAUGACCCGAUGCUAAUUGAAAUUGAAUUAAAUACUUGUUGACUUUUAUUUUGUUUAAACUACAAGAAUGUUUGACGUUGUUGUUUUAAAAGCUUCCGCAACGUUUGAAUUAUUUACUCUGAUUAUUUAUGAAUUGUUUAAAAAUAAAUGUGAAUUGAUAUUUUAUUAUUAAAUGUUCUAAAAUAUUAUGCAUGUGAAUACCAAAUUAGUGACAACCCGAUUCGCUAACUCGUUGUUUCGGGUUACGCGGGUCGGGGUGUUACAUUUUGAUAUCAGAGCAUGUGGUUUUAAAAACGAUACUCGGAAAAAAAGGGUAUAUUUAUUUUCAAAAAAAAAUGUUUACUUUCAAAAAAGGGAAAAAAGGGCAUCCACAGCUUCGCGACGUCAGGAGGUAACUCUGAAUCCUUAUUAUGUGUUUAUGUGAAAAUUGUUGUCUUUAUUGUUACGUGAUUUGUUUGCUGCAUGUGGUUUAUGUAAAAAGAAAAAAAAAGAAUUCAUGUGUAAAAAAAACAUAAGUAAGAGAAGAUUGAGAAAAUUCAACAACGUUAGUUAUGGGAAAAAAAAGGGUAAAGUGAACCUAGGAAGUAAAUUGUUAAAAAAACCUCAAUUCACAGUUAUUCAGGAUGACUAGUGCGAUCAUGUUACAAAAGAUAAUGCGUCACAUGCUCACAAAGCACGCAGGCGACCCUUAAAUAAAAUCUUAAGUAUUCUAAACAAUCACUUAUAAAUGUUGUGUCAAGAAUUGCUUUGUAAAAAAAACUGCAAUGAGCUUGCGGAAUUCUAUUGAACUACCUUUAUACUUAUUCAUAACGAAUUUCGUUUAAAUCAAAUUGAUUUGUUUGAAAAGCAAGUAUUGUCUUUAAAAAAGAAAUGAUUUGAUUAUUCAAUCAAUGUAGUUUCGUGAACAAUUGGAAAAAAAUAGUAGUCAUAAAAUAUUUUAUUUAAUACUCAAUUGUUUUGUUGAUCACUGGAAUGACAAUCAAAUUCAGAAGGGGCUGUAGACCCGGAUGAAUAAGAGUGCUUUGUUCCGGUGUGGGAAUUAGUGUUAAAUUGCAAAAAUAGACUGGUUUCCAUUGGGCGUCCUGAGCCCUGCGCAUGAAUUUGCUCUCAAAUUGUGGCAGUAGGUUUAGUUUACUCUUUCCUUGUAUUUGGGUUUGAUGAAUUGGGGUGAACUUGGUAACUUGGUAACUUGGUUUAGUUUACUCUUUCCUUGCAUGCUUUAUUAUAUUAUUGUAUGAAAAUUGAUUUUUUUUAAAUCUUUAGCAGUGUUUACAAAUUGGUGAUUCUGAUUCUGGCAAUCAAAAACCAUGCACGACAGCUUCUCUCCCAAGCAAAUGUCUAAUCAUAUGAAGGCAAAAGGUUUGCAAAAGUUGAAGUAUUAUUGUCAGUCCUGUAAGAAGCAAUGUCGAGAUGCAAACGGAUUCAAGUGUCAUACUAUGAGCGAAGGUCACUUGCGUCAAAUGGAAAUUUUUGGCCAAAAUCCUGACAAAUUUGUUCAAGGUUACUCUUUGGAAUUUGAGACUGGCUUCUUUGAGGUUUUGAAACGAUGCCACGGGCCGAGGACUCGUGUUGCAGCGACGGUGGUUUACAACGAGUACAUUACAAAUAGGCAUCAUGUUCAUAUGAACACUCCACUUGCUGGAAUACUUUGACUGAGUUUGUGAUGUAUUUGGGUAAAUCUGGCAAGUGUAAGGUGGAAGAUACCGAAAAAGGAUGGUUCAUUACUUACAAUGCCGCUGCAGAUUCUCAAGAGUUGCUUCAAAAGAAGUCUAGGGGUAAGAGGUUGAGGAAUAAGUUGGUGGAAGAAAAAAAUCAAGAAAAGCAAAUUGAGAAACAAAUUAAGAGAGCUUCUUCUUCUUCUUCUUAUUCUUCUACUACUGCGAAAGACGUGGGGAUUGUGAAGAACAACAACACAAGGAUUGCAUUUGCAGUCGCUGCCAGUAGCAGUAGUGGUGUUGUUAAGCGCCACAAAGAAGAGAAUUAUUCCAAGUUGAGUGUGUUUGAGGAGGAAGAAGAUGCGACAAAAGUGAAAAGGAAGAGAGUUUGUGCGACGAGCGCUUGUGUGUUGGAGGAGUUAAUGAUAGGAAGAGGCAAUGAAGGGUAGAGGGAACAACAGAAAACCACAUUGGUUGUGUGAAGGGCUCAUUGUCAAGGUUACAAACAGAGCAUUAAGUGAGAAAGGGUACUAUAAUAAAAAGGGCAUCAUCAGAAAGGUUUCGGGCAAGUACUAUGGAGAAAUCGAGAUGCUUGAUGAUCAUCAACCCCUUCUUCGGCUUCAUCAAGAUGAUCUUGAGACUGUGAUUCCUUGCAUUGGUGGUUUGGUGAGGAUUGUAAAUGGGUCGUAUCGCGGAUUCAAUGCAAGGUUGCUCGCUGUCGAUACUGGGAACUUUUGCGCCAAGGUACAGUUAUUGGACACGUGUUGUGACUACCAAGGGCAGGUGCUUCCAAAGAUGGCUUAUGAUGAUAUCUGCAAAUUAAAUUGCUGACCUCUACAAGCUAAGCUCUUUCAAAAUACUCAGUACUUUUCUAUUUCUUCUAUAUAUUGGAAAGUUAGAUUGGAUUAUGAAAAAGAUUUU